UCCUCCCAGAGUUUCCACCAUCCUGCCUAAACACGUGGAGCUCACACGAAGAGAUCAGAUCAUCUAGGAGGGCUGAAGUGGGGAACUCACCAAGUUACCUGCCUCCAUGGGACCACAGUCACAGCUCUAAGCUUGAGACUCCAUCUCAACUUCCAGACUGCUAAAAAAUGAAAUGUCGAGUUUGCCAAGUUAUGUCAAUUGGUUCCACUAAACCUAGUAGCUUAAAUGUAAAGAGUAAAUGUAAAAAUAAAUUUACGUCUAACAUAACAAGGUAUACAGUAAUCCCCGUUUAUCACGGGAGUCAUGUUCUAAAAACCACCUACAACAGGCAAAAUCUGCUAAGUCAGCUUCAUUUUGUACAAAUAUUAUAGAUAUUUGUAGGGUACAAAGCUACUAUUGUGUCACACACACACACACACACACACACACACACACACACACACACACACACACACAUGAAAAUACACCAGAAUGUCCAUUCCUCAACUGUUUUAUUCCCAGCAUUUGUGCAUAUUUGCACUCAUUCCAACAUUUUGGUCUCAUUGUAAUGUUGUAGGGAGAAGAUAACUUGUUUAAUUAAGGCUCAUCUAGAAAAUAAAACCGGGUACAGCUCGUGUGUUAGUGGAGUCAUGUUUCUAGACGGUAAUUUUUUCCUUUUACUUGAUUAUAAAUAUGCUGAAGGAGUGCUACGUUUACCUGUGAUAUAUUUUCAGCAGUAAUGAAACAUAUACAUUCUUUUGUUUCCUUUGAGGUCCUUUGAGGAUCUCUGCGUUGUUGAUUGUAGACAAUUACUGAAAAACCGAUCUCUAGCCUCCUUCAGAAGUUAUUUCCUGUAAGGGAUGUGUUCGUCCUUGUUCUUUUUAUCCAUCCUUUUCACUCUUGUGCGGCUUCCCCUAGCAACGCGAGUCAUACACCUAAAAUGGCGCUAAGGGGGUGUGGUUGACGUGUAGGUCACGUGUCUGACAAGGACCAAUCACGCUUUACAUUUAGACGACUAGGUUUAAUGGAACCAGUUGACAUAAGUUGGUUAAGUUAAUUCAACAUUUCAUUUGUUAGAGUGUAUUGUGCAGCCUUGUCUCCACAUUAGGCCUGUGGAUGCAACAUUGUCCCGUAAGUGCUUUAACUCUCUCAGUUUUCAGUUCACCCACUUGCUCAAGCCUGCCACUGGUCAGACUGUCUGCUGCGUGCUUUUUUGCAGUAACUGGAACACUCCUCGUGAUUUUAGUCAGGAAAAGUCACCAAUUGUGAUGUAAAACUACUAGUCCAGAGCCAUGCUGUGCAUUGACAAUUAUUAUGUGUUAUACAGUACUAAAAAUAUCCAUAUCCUGUCCAUUUGUACACCCGCAUACUGUAAGUAUUGCUUAUUUAGUUCACUUUUUAAAUGUUGUAAAGCACUGCUGCUGCAACAUUUCCCUGAUGAGGAACAAUUUCAUAGGCAUAUUUUUGUUUCUUUCCAACUGAAAAACAAUGUUUAUUUUCAUAUGUUGGGUUUUCAGGAUUUUAUAUGUUUAACUUCAUGAGUUUGUGUUGGAGAUGUGACAUCAGAAUGAGUUUAGGCUGCUUUGUUUCCCAGAGAAUCACAAAGAGAAGGGUGUUUUCAGGGUUUCUGAACAGCUGUUUUUCUAUUUAUUUUGCAAUAAUUUGACAUCUUUUUGCAUGAAAUCAGGACAGUAUGCCUCUGCUUCUCAACCACACAAGUAUUUCAUGUAUCUAUUUUAUUUUAAAUUAAAGUUGAACACAGUUUGAAUGAAACUUGACUCUCGAUGCCUCUAAAAUUUGCAUGAGCUCAUGUGGCGAUAUACUCCAAUGUUUUUUUUUUGUCACUUCCCUGAAUAAUAAUGUGGAUAAAUGUUUCUACUUAGUGCAAAUAAAAUGUCUUCACAUUCACUCUCACACUUUUUAGCAGCUUGCAACGGGAGCAGCACAUUCAAACGUUUGUGUGCGUGCCUGUGUGUGUGUGUGAGUGAGGGUGCGUCAGAGGAAAAAGGAAGUUGCGGGAUGAAGUUAAAAGCCAUCGACACAGUGCAAUUUUGCAGAACACCCACCACGGAAGAGCAGAGCAGAGCGCCUGAGCCUGAACACGGUGUAAUGAAAGCUAGAGCAGGAGCCGAACUGCAAGAAAGCUGCUGUGCAACGUGUGAGGAGAAAUUCGUAAAGCAACCGUAACCAUCAAGCAACCGUCAUAAGGCAAAGAUGGAGAUGUGGCGGCAGUGUGCAAUGUGGCUGAUUGAUUGUCGGGUUCUUCCUGAGAAUCAUCGAGUCACAUGGGAGGGUGCACAGGUGUGUGACCUGGCUCAGGCCCUUAGAGAUGGUGUACUGCUCUGCCAGCUGCUCAACAACCUGCUGCCUCAGGCUGUCAACCUGAGAGAGAUCAACCUGCGGCCGCAGAUGUCCCAGUUCCUGUGCCUGAAGAACAUUCGAACAUUUCUGGGAGUUUGUCAAGAGCGGUUUCAUCUGAAGAAGAAUGAGUUGUUUGAAGCUUUUGAACUGUUUGAUGUGCGAGACUUUGGAAAGGUCAUAAACACUCUGUCCAUCCUGUCCCAUUCUGCUGUGGCUGUGCAAAAAGGAUUUAUGCCUUUUCCUUUGGAUGGAUCUGCUCCUGACGAUGAGAUCUACAGCGGCCUGUCAGACCAGAUAGAUGACACUGUGGAUGAGGAUGACGACUUGUAUGAUUUUGUGGAGGAUGAAGACAAUGAAGGCGAUGGGAUUUAUGAAGAUUUGAUGAAAACAGACGAACAGCCUGAAACUCAACAGAAAACUGGAGUUGACAAGCGAGAAUGCUGCCUGCAGGAAAUCCGACAGACCGAAGAGAAAUACACUGAUACACUGGAAUCGAUCUUAAAGCACUUUAUGAAGCCUCUUGAAAGGUAUCUCCAGACUCAAGACAUUGAAAACAUCUUCAUCAACGUGAAGGAGUUGGCUAGCACGCACCGUAGUUUGCUGGACGAAGUACGGAAUUCCAUUUUAAUGGAAGGUGCCAAGACUCUACACCAGGUGUUUGUGAAUUACAAGGAGAGGCUCUUGCUGUAUGGUCAUUACUGCAGUCAGGUGGAAGCAGCAACCAAACACCUGGACAAGCUCUCCAGUAUGAGGGAGGACGUCAGGAUGAAGUUGGAGGAGUGUUCAAACAGAGCAAACAGCGGCCGAUUUUCUCUCAGAGAUCUACUCAUGGUUCCAAUGCAGAGAGUCCUCAAAUACCACCUGCUGUUACAGGAGCUAAUGAAACACACCAAUGACCCCACAGACAAAGAGAACCUCCGAACAGCCCUGGAUGCCAUGAGAGACUUGGCGCAGUGUGUGAAUGAAGUGAAACGAGACAACGAGAUCAUCAAACAAAUCACCAGCUUCCAGAUGUCAAUAGAGAACUUGACUCAGUCUUUGGCUGUCUUUGGUCGGCCGAAGAUUGACGGGGAGCUGAAGGUCUGCAGCAUGGAGAAGAAGUCUAAACAGGACAGGUACGCGUUCCUUUUUGAUAAAGCUGUGAUCAUUUGUAAAAAGAAGAGCGGAGAGACAUUUGACCUCAAAGAGAUCAUUGAACUAAAUCACUACCAGAUAAGAGAUGAAACCACAGGAGAGAAGGACAAUAAAAAGUGGUCAUAUCUGUUCCUCCUCUUGGAUUGCUAUGGAAAGUGUGGCUACGAUUUCUUCUUCAAAACCAGAGAACUGAAGAAAAAGUGGCUGGAACAGUUUGAGAUGGCUUUGUCAAACAUGUGUCCUGAGAAUGCCAACGCAAACAAUCACGACUUCCAGAUGUUCUGCUUUGAGGAAACCACGUCCUGCAAGGCCUGUUCGAUGCUCUUAAGAGGGACCUUUUUUCAAGGCUAUCAAUGCACUCGAUGUAAAAUGGCAGCGCAUAAAGAGUGUUUAGGCAGAGUGCCGGCAUGUGGACGGAUCUCAGAUUUUUCUGCCACUGUGAGAAAAAAUAAAACGCACAAGUCUCCUGCCCAGUCCAGCUUUGGUUUUCCUAAGAUGGAGGUUUGUCAGGAGUAUUAUGGCUUGCCACCACCCCCGGUGGGCUUCGGACAGCCUCUUCAACUCUUGAGAGGUGACAUCAUCGAGCUGACCCGGGCUGAUAUUGACCUGACCUGGUGGGAGGGCAGAAACCUGACAGUUGGCCAGGUGGGAUGGUUCCCCUGCCAGAGAGUCCAACCCUACAUCUCUAGACCAGCCCCAGACCUGUCUGACUUCCUCUGGUUUGCGGGAAACAUGGAUCGCACCGCUGCCAAAAACCUGUUAAUGUCGCGGUCUGAUGGGACCUUCCUGGUACGGCAGAAGGAUGCAGGAGAAUUUGCAAUCAGCAUCAAGUUCAACAUGGACAUCAAACACAUUAAGAUCACCUGUAUUGAGGGCCUGUAUCGCAUUAACGACAAAAAGGCCUUCAAGAGUUUGAUCGAGAUGAUUGAGUUUUACCAGCAGAACUCUUUAAAGGAGUACUUCAGGGACGUGGACACCACGCUGCACACACCUUACAAACAACCAGAGCAAAGCAACUCCUCUAACAACACACCAAACACCACACCAGGGGGCAGCAUAAAGAGCUUCGGUGUUGCGAGAGCCAGGUACGACUACUCAGCCAGGGACCGCACAGAGCUCUCACUGAGGGAGGGGGACACGAUCAAGAUCCUCUCCAAGAAGGGUCACAGCGGCUGGUGGAGAGGAGAAGUUUACGGACGGGUGGGGUUGUUUCCAUCCAACUACGUGGAUGAGGAUUUCUCAGAUUACUGCUGACGAGCUCCUACUCGUCAACUCAGUCUCUGUGUGAAAGGGCCUGAGUGCAUUAAGGCAUAAAUGCAUGCAUGUGUGAUUGUGUGUGUGUUGGACUGGUAGUGAAUGCCCAGUGAUGUGAAUAAAUCUUUAUUCAGCUG